CACACACACGCAUGCACACUUCAAAUUAUUUGCGAAGCAAGAUGAGAAGUUGCUUGUUUACCACCAUGGCUCAACCACCAGACCACUGAAUUUUGCAGAAUUAAAUUAAUCCACCAGUAACACUAGAAAGAUCGAGCAUUACAUAGGCACCUGUUCAACUCAAGCCAUGGCGGAAUCCAUAGACUACGUUGGAGACUUCCUCACUGAAUUUAAGUAUGAAAUCAUUGUACGAGCAAGACAAGUCAGCGACAUCACAGAGGCAGUCUUCUCCCAAAGUCUGAUUCAUGAUAGGGCAGUUGUUCAAAUCCAGGCUGCUCCUACUGAGCAGGAGGCGAUGAGGCUUCUCUUUGAGGCUCUGGAAAGAGCACCUUCUCAACAUAGAGUGUCCUUCCACCUGAUACUUAGAAUGACUGAACCUGAGCUUAUUCAUGAGCUAGAAUGGAGACAACAAAACAGCAAGUAUACUCAGACUGAAGAUCUAUCAUUUGGAGAGAAAAAAGAGGAAGACUAUAAGAGUGGACACAAGGCUGACUCACAGACAAAGAAAGAUUCACUGAUGAAAAGAAGACUGGAGACAAUGGAGCAGGAGAUAAACCGUGAAAAGGACAUACUUGAGCAAAUGAGAGCUGACCUGCAAAGAGAAAGAAAUGUUCUAGUAGACAAGCAUGUUGAAAUUGUCAGAGAGAGACAGAACUGUGAAAAUGUGCAAGCUGAGGUUCAGAAAGCAAAACAAGAAAUUGAGAAGAGCAGGGAAGAAUUAAAAAUUGAGACAGAUAGGCUAAACCAACUAACAGCUGAAAUGCUUAAAGAGAAAGAAAUCUUGGAGAACAGACAUAAAGAGACCCUUAGGGAAAGUCAGAAGUUUUAUAGGAAGAAAGAAGAGUUGAAUAACAACAUAGAGGUGAUGAGGAAUGAAAUAAAGCAAAUGCAAGACAUGAAAACUAAGUUAAUGAGACAGAAGGAGGAUGUGGAGGUCAAACUAGAGAAGGCAACAAAAGAAAUGCACACACUUGAACAGCUGAAGAUAGACCUACAGAGACAGAAUGAGGAAACUAAGAACAAAUUCAUACAGACAAAGAGCAAUAUGGACAAAAUUGAACAGACAAAGGCUGAAAUACUAAAGCAAAAAGAGGAUGUUGAGAACAAAAUGCGACUUGUGAAAACAGAGGCAGAAAAGGUGCAACAGGUCAAGGAGGAAAUACAACAACAAAGAAAAGAAUUAGAAGAAAGGAUGCAGUGGGCAAAACGUGAGAUGGAAGAGAUGGAACUUAUGAAAAAAGAGAUGGAUAGGAAGAGAAAAGAUCUUGACCAAAAGAUGAAGCAGACCAAUAGGAGAAAGGGUGAAAUAGACAGAAUGAGAGUGGAAAUACAGAAAGAAAAAGUAGAAAUGGAACGCAAAAGGGAUGAAAUACAAAAAGCAAGAGAGGACUUCCAGAUUAGGGUUGAAAAAAAUGGUCUCCACAUGGAAGAAAAAGAAGGGAUAAAUGCUAAGAUUGUUAACCUUAUUUAUCAAAUUGAAAGAACCAGAGAAAUUGUAUGGGAUGCAAAAUUUUAUAUGGAAAAUAGAAUGGCAGAAAGCCAACUAGGAGUAGUAGAGGUAAAUAAAAUGAAAGGUGAAAUGCAGAGACUCAUUGUAGAAAUUGAACACAUCAGAGAAAUGUUACAAUGGCUUAAAACAGAAAUGGAGCAAAGCAAGGAGGUCCUCAGGAGGGAGAAGCGAGAGGUAAGAAUGUUAAAGCUUGAGAUCCAACGAAGAAGAAGAGACCUUGAAAAAAAAGAAGAAAAGAAUAUGACAGAAAGAGGUGACUUAGAAAUCAUGAAUGCCAAGAUACAGCAACGAAAAGAAGAACUGGCAGGAACUUUGGAAGAAAUACAAAAAUAUAAAACAAGGCAGGCAAGGGAAGAUGUGCAAAAAACUAUGGAUGAAACAGAGCAUGCCGAAGAGAGACAAGGCAGGGCAGUUCACAAACCUUUACUUGAUCAAAGAGAGACUGAACUGAAUCAACAAAAACAAAUUCUGGAGAACAGUUUAAGGGAAACGAUGGAGGAAAGAAGUAAACUUAGUUUGAUGAGAAUGGAACUUGAAACCCAAAUACAUGAAAUGGAAAACAACAAGAAGGAGGUAAAACAGAAGAAAGAGGAACUUGAUCAGUUGAAAAAAGACAUAGAUAUGGAGAAAAAAGACAUUGAAAAGAACAUGCUCUUAAAUGAUAAUAUGAGAAAUGAGCUAGAAGUAAUGAAGGCAAAAUUGAUUGCUGAACAAGAAGUUAUUAUCCUUGAAAAACAAGAGAUGCAGAAUGAGAGACAAAGUUUUGAGCAGUCAAAGGCAUCUAUGCAGAGCAAAAUGCAGGACAUGAAGAAUGCUUUGGAAAAAGCCAGGAUGGACAUGCAAAACCUGGAUGAAAUUAAAACAAGAUUAGCACAGGAAAGAGAACAAUGUAGGAUCAUUGUUGAAGACACAAAUCAACAGAAGCAUGCCUUGGAGAAGAGGGCUACUGAAAUAGAAAAGCAAAAGCAAGACACUGAGACAAACAAAGCCCUUCUCGAAGAAGAAAAAGACGAUCUUGAGAAGAAAAGAAUGGACUUGCAGAGAAGAGAUGAGGAGCUGCAAUUGCAAAUCACAAGUCAAAAGGAAAAAGAGAGCAGUGACCGAAUGGCCAUGGAAGAACAGAGAAGAGCACUGGAAAAAGAAAUUAGUAACAUCAACCAACAAAAAGAAGAGGCAGAAAAAGAAAGGGAAGACAUAUUAAAGAAUAGGAAAGAACUUGACAGUCUCAAAGAACAAAUACUAAAAGAGAAGGAUGAAAUGGAGGAAAUCAAAAACAAGCUGUUAAUGGACAAAAUGCUACUUGACCAAAGACAGACUGAAAUUCAACAACAAAAGAAAAUUCUGGGGGACAAUUGGAAAGAAACUUUUGAGGAUAGAAGUAAUAUAGAUAAGAUGAAACUGGAAUCUGAAGCACAGUUAAAAGAAAUAGACAUUGUCAGGGAGAAGAUGAAGCAAGAGAGAGAGGAACUUGAUCAGUUGAUGAAUUACUUGCAAACAGAAAAAAUGAAUAUUGAAAAAAACAUAUCCCUAAACAACAAUUUGAAAAAUGAGCUAGAAAAAAUGAAGACCAAACUGAAUGCUGAACAAGAAGUUAUCACCCUUGAAAAACAAAAGAUAGAGAAUGAAAGAAAAAGGUUUCAGUUAUCAGAGGAAUCUAUGCAAAGAGAAAUCGAGGACUUGAAGAAUGAUUUGGAAAAGGCCAAGAUAGACAUGCAAGAACUUGGGAAAAAAAUAGAACAAGAAAAGGAGCAAUAUAGAAUUCAUGUUGAAAUAAAUCAGAAGAAUAAUGACCUGGGGUUGAUGGCUGCAGCAACAUCAGAACAAAAUACUGCUGAGAAAGUUGAGAAAAAUAAAGAUAUGGAAACUGAGUUAAGGAGACAGAAGGAAGAUAUGGAGGCCAAAACAGAAAAGGCAAAGAAGGAAAUGUAUAAACCUGAACAGCUGAAGGUAGACCUGCAGAAACAGAAAGACGAGAUCGAGAAUAACACUGUAGAGACCAAAAAAAUUGAGCAAAUGAUGGCUGAGAUACUAAGGCAAAAGGGUGAUGUUGAAGAAAAAUUGUGUCUUGUGAAAACAGAGAUGGAAAAGGUGCAACAGGUCAAGGUGGAAAUUCAACAACACAUAAAUGAACGGGAGGAAAAGAUGCAGAGGGUAAAACGAGAGAUGGGAGAAAUGGAACUUGUGAAAAAAGAGAUCGAAAGGAAGAGGAAAGAUCUUGACCAAAGGAUGAAGCAAGUAACAAGGAAAAAAGAUGAGCUAGAACAAAUGAGGGUGGAAAUCCAGAAAGAAAAAGAAGAAAUAGAAUGCAAAAGGGUAGAAGUUGAGAAGAAGAGAUAUGGGAUAGAAUGUGUUAAAGAUGAAAUACAAAGAACAAAAGAGGAAUUUGAGAAUAGUGUUGGAGAAGGCACUUCAAACAUGGAAGAAAAAGAAGAGAAAAGUGGUGAGAUUAUCAGCUUUAUUGACCUGAUUGAACGAACUAGAGAAAUUGUACGAGACACCAAGAUUCACUUUGAAAAAAGAAUGGCAGAAAACCAACUACUAGCAAUAGAGGAAAAUGUGAUGAAUACAGAAAUGGAGAGACUUGUUACAGAAAUUGAACACAUCAGAGAGAUGUUACAACAACUUAAAUUAGAAAUGGAGCAAAGCAAGGAUGUCCUCAGGAGAGAGAAAGAAGAGAUAAAAAUGUUAAAGACAGAGAUGCAACGAAGACAAAGAGAUCUUGAAAACAAAGCAGAAAAGAACAUGAAAGAACGAGGUGACUUAGAAGUGAUGAGCGCCAAAAUAAAGCAACAAAAGGAAGAAUUGGAAGUAAAAUUGGAAGAAAUACGAAAAAAUAAAGCAAGGCAGACAAGGCAAGAUGAACAAAGAUCACUGGAUGAAAAAGAGUGUGUCAAAGAGGGAAAACACAGGGCAGUUGAUAAACUGCUACUUCAGGAAAAAGGGACUGAACUGGAUCAACAAAAACAAAUUCUGGAGAAGAAUUUAGGGGAAAUAACAGAGGAGAGAUGUAAACUCAGUAAGAUGAGAAUGGAACUUGAAACUCAAAUAGAACAAAUGGAAAAUAACAGGAACGAGAUAAAACAGAAGAGACAGGAACUUGAUCAGUUGAUAAACAACAUAAACAUGGAGAAAAAAGAGAUUGAAAAGAACAGGCUCAUGAAUGAUAAUUUGAGAAAUGAGCUAGAAGAAAUGAAGGUGAAACUGAAUGCUGAACAAAAAGUUAUCACCCUUGAAAAACAAAAGAUAGAGAAUGAGAGAAAAAGGUUUCAGUUAUCAGAGGAAUCUAUGAAGAGAGAAAUGGAGGACAUGAAGAAUGCUUUGGAAAAGUCCUGGAUAGACAUGCAAGAACUUGAGAAAAAACUCAAACAAGAAAAAGAGCAAUAUAGAAUUCAUGUUGAAGAAAUAAAUCAGAAGAAGAAUGACCUGGAAUUGAUGGCUGCAGUAACAUCAGAACAAAAUACAGAAGCUGAGAAAAUUUAUGAUAUGGGAACUGCGUUAAGGAGACAGAAGGAAGAUGUGGACACCAAAACAGAAAAGGCAAAGAAGGAAAUGUAUAAACUUGAACAGCUGAAGGCAGACCUGCAGAAACAGAAAGACGAGAUCGAGAAUAAAAUUGUAGAGACUAAGAGUGAGUCCAAGAAGGUUGAGCAGAUGAAGGCUGAGAUACUAAGGCAAAAGGGUGAUGUUGAAGAAAAAUUGUGUCUUGUGAAAACAGAGACGGAAAAAUUGCAACAGGUCAAGGAGGAAAUUCAACAACACAUAAAUGAACGGGAGGAAAAGAUGCAGAGGGUAAAACGAGAGAUGGGAGAAAUGGAACUUGUGAAAAAAGAGAUCGAAAGGAAGAGGAAAGAUCUUGACCAAAGGAUGAAGCAAGUAAAAAGGAAAAAAUAUGAGCUAGAACAAAUGAGGGUGGAAAUCCAGAAAGAAAAAGAAGAAAUAGAAUGCAAAAGGGUAGAAAUUGAGAAGAAGAGAUAUGGGAUAGAAUGUGUUAAAGAUGAAAUACAAAGAACAAAAGAGGAAUUUGAGAACAGUGUUGAAGAAGUCACUUCAGACAUGGAAGAAAAAGAAGAGAAAAGUGGUGAGAUUAUCAGCUUUACUGACCUGAUUGAACGAACUAGAGAAAUUGUACGAGACACCAAGAUUCACUUUGAAAAAAGAAUGGCAGAAAACCAACUACUAGCAGUAGAGGAAAAUGUGAUGAAUACAGAAAUGGAGAGACUUGUUACAGAAAUUGAACACAGCAGAGAGAUAUUACAACAACUUAAAUUAGAAAUGGAGAAAAGCAAAGAUGUGCUCAGGAGAGAGAAAGAAGAGAUAAAAAUGUUAAAGGCAGAGAUGCAACGAAGAAGAAGAGAGCUUGAAAACAAAGCAGAAAAGAAUAAGAGAGAACAAGGUGACUUAGAAGUGAUGAGUGCCAAAAUAAAGCAACAAAAGGAAGAACUGGAAGUAACAAUGGAAGAAAUACGAAAAAAUAAAGCAAGGAAGACAAGGCAAGAUGAACAAAGAUCACUGGAUGGAAUGGAGUGUGCCAAAGAGGGAAAAAGCAGGGCACUUAAAGUGCUACAUCAGGAAAAAGAGACUGAACUGGAUCAACAAAAACAAAUUCUGGAGAAGAAUUUAGGGGAAAUAACAGAGGAGAGAUGUAAACUCAGUAAGAUGAGAAUGGAACUUGAAACUCAAAUAGAACAAAUGGAAAAUGACAGUAACGAGAUAAAACAGAAGAGACAGGAACUUGAUCAGUUGACAAAAAACAUAAAUAUUGAGAAAAAAGAGAUUAAAAAGAACAGGCUCAUGAAUGAUAAUUUGAAAAAUGAGCUAGAAGAAAUGAAGGUGAAACUGAAUGCGGAACAAGAAGUUAUCACUCUUGAAAAGCAAGAGAUACAGAAUGAGAGAAUAAAGUUUGACCAAGCAAAGGCAUCUAUGCAGAGCGAAAUGCAGGACAUGAAGAAUGCUUUGGAAAAAGCCAGGAUGGACAUGCAAAACCUGGAUGAAAUUAAAACAAGAUUAGCACAGGAAAGAGAACAAUGUAGGAUCAUUGUUGAAGACACAAAUCAACAGAAGCAUGCCUUGGAGAAGAGGGCUACUGAAAUAGAAAAGCAAAAGCAAGACACUGAGACAAACAAAGCCCUUCUCGAAGAAGAAAAAGACGAUCUUGAGAAGAAAUGGGUGGACUUGCAGAGAAGAGAUGAGGAGCUACAGUUGCAAAUCACAAGUCAAAGGGAAAAAGAGGACAGUGACCGAAUGUCCAUGGAAGAACAGAGAAGAGCACUGGAAAAAGAAGUUAGUAAGAUCAACCAACAAAAAGAAGAGGCAGAAAAAGAAAGGGAAGACAUACUGAAGAAUUGGAAAGAACUUGACAGUCUCAAAGAGCAAAUACUAAAAGAGAAGGACGAAAUGGAGGAAAUCAAAAACAAGAUGUUAACAGACAAACUGCUACUUGACAAAAGGGAGACAGAAAUGAAUGAACAAAAGCAAAUCAUGGACGACAAUUGGAAAGAAAUAAUGAGAAACAGAAGAGAUCUGGAUAAGAGGAAAGUAGAAUUUGAAUUGCAGAUAGAAGAAAUGGAAAACACGGUGAGAGAGAAGAUGAAGCAAGAGAGAGAGGAACUUGAUCAGCUGAUGACAGAAAUAAGCACGCAGAAGCAAGAUGUUGAAGAGCAAAAGUCUAAAAACAAGAAUUUGAAAAAUGAGCUAGAAGAAAUGAAGGUGAAACUGAAUGCGGAACAAGAAGUUAUCACUCUUGAAAAGCAAGAGAUACAGAAUGAGAGAAUAAGGUUUGACCAAUCAAAGGCAUCUAUGCAGAGCGAAAUGCAGGACAUGAAGAAUGCUUUGGAAAAAGCCAGGAUGGACAUGCAAAACCUGGAUGAAAUUAAAACAAGAUUAGCACAGGAAAGAGAACAAUGUAGGAUCAUUGUUGAAGACACAAAUCAACAGAAGCAUGCCUUGGAGAAGAGGGCUACUGAAAUAGAAAAGCAAAAGCAAGACACUGAGACAAACAAAGCCCUUCUCGAAGAAGAAAAAGACGAUCUUGAGAAGAAAUGGGUGGACUUGCAGAGAAGAGAUGAGGAGCUACAGUUGCAAAUCACAAAUCAAAGGGAAAAAGAGGACAGUGACCGAAUGUCCAUGGAAGAACAGAGAAGAGCACUGGAAAAAGAAGUUAGUAACAUCAACCAACAAAAAGAAGAGGCAGAAAAAGAAAGGGAAGACAUACUGAAGAAUUGGAAAGAACUUGACAGUCUCAAAGAGCAAAUACUAAAAGAGAAGGACGAAAUGGAGGAAAUCAAAAACAAGAUGUUAACAGACAAACUGCUACUUGACAAAAGGGAGACAGAAAUGAAUGAACAAAAGCAAAUCAUGGACGACAAUUGGAAAGAAAUAAUGAGAAACAGAAGAGAUCUGGAUAAGAGGAAAGUAGAAUUUGAAUUGCAGAUAGAAGAAAUGGAAAACACGGUGAGAGAGAAGAUGAAGCAAGAGAGAGAGGAACUUGAUCAGCUGAUGACAGAAAUAAGCACGCAGAAGCAAGAUGUUGAAGAGCAAAAGUCUAAAAACAAGAAUUUGAAAAAUGAGCUAGAAGAAAUGAAGGUGAAACUGAAUGCGGAACAAGAAGUUAUCACUCUUGAAAAGCAAGAGAUACAGAAUGAGAGAAUAAGGUUUGACCAAUCAAAGGCAUCUAUGCAGAGCGAAAUGCAGGACAUGAAGAAUGCUUUGGAAAAAGCCAGGAUGGACAUGCAAAACCUGGAUGAAAUUAAAACAAGAUUAGCACAGGAAAGAGAACAAUGUAGGAUCAUUGUUGAAGACACAAAUCAACAGAAGCAUGCCUUGGAGAAGAGGGCUACUGAAAUAGAAAAGCAAAAGCAAGACACUGAGACAAACAAAGCCCUUCUCGAAGAAGAAAAAGACGAUCUUGAGAAGAAAUGGGUGGACUUGCAGAGAAGAGAUGAGGAGCUACAGUUGCAAAUCACAAGUCAAAGGGAAAAAGAGGACAGUGACCGAAUGUCCAUGGAAGAACAGAGAAGAGCACUGGAAAAAGAAGUUAGUAAGAUCAACCAACAAAAAGAAGAGGCAGAAAAAGAAAGGGAAGACAUACUGAAGAAUUGGAAAGAACUUGACAGUCUCAAAGAGCAAAUACUAAAAGAGAAGGACGAAAUGGAGGAAAUCAAAAACAAGAUGUUAACAGACAAACUGCUACUUGACAAAAGGGAGACAGAAAUGAAUGAACAAAAGCAAAUCAUGGACGACAACUGGAAAGAAAUAAUGAGAAACAGAAGAGAUCUGGAUAAGAGGAAAGUAGAAUUUGAAUUGCAGAUAGAAGAAAUGGAAAACACGGUGAGAGAGAAGAUGAAGCAAGAGAGAGAGGAACUUGAUCAGCUGAUGACAGAAAUAAGCACGCAGAAGCAAGAUGUUGAAGAGCAAAAGUCUAAAAACAAGAAUUUGAAAAAUGAGCUAGAAGAAAUGAAGGUGAAACUGAAUGCGGAACAAGAAGUUAUCACUCUUGAAAAGCAAGAGAUACAGAAUGAGAGAAUAAGGUUUGACCAAUCAAAGGCAUCUAUGCAGAGCGAAAUGCAGGACAUGAAGAAUGCUUUGGAAAAAGCCAGGAUGGACAUGCAAAACCUGGAUGAAAUUAAAACAAGAUUAGCACAGGAAAGAGAACAAUGUAGGAUCAUUGUUGAAGACACAAAUCAACAGAAGCAUGCCUUGGAGAAGAGGGCUACUGAAAUAGAAAAGCAAAAGCAAGACACUGAGACAAACAAAGCCCUUCUCGAAGAAGAAAAAGACGAUCUUGAGAAGAAAUGGGUGGACUUGCAGAGAAGAGAUGAGGAGCUACAGUUGCAAAUCACAAGUCAAAGGGAAAAAGAGGACAGUGACCGAAUGUCCAUGGAAGAACAGAGAAGAGCACUGGAAAAAGAAGUUAGUAACAUCAACCAACAAAAAGAAGAGGCAGAAAAAGAAAGGGAAGACAUACUGAAGAAUUGGAAAGAACUUGACAGUCUCAAAGAGCAAAUACUAAAAGAGAAGGACGAAAUGGAGGAAAUCAAAAACAAGAUGUUAACAGACAAACUGCUACUUGACAAAAGGGAGACAGAAAUGAAUGAACAAAAGCAAAUCAUGGACGACAAUUGGAAAGAAAUAAUGAGAAACAGAAGAGAUCUGGAUAAGAGGAAAGUAGAAUUUGAAUUGCAGAUAGAAGAAAUGGAAAACACGGUGAGAGAGAAGAUGAAGCAAGAGAGAGAGGAACUUGAUCAGCUGAUGACAGAAAUAAGCACGCAGAAGCAAGAUGUUGAAGAGCAAAAGUCUAAAAACAAGAAUUUGAAAAAUGAGCUAGAAGAAAUGAAGGUGAAACUGAAUGCGGAACAAGAAGUUAUCACUCUUGAAAAGCAAGAGAUACAGAAUGAGAGAAUAAGGUUUGACCAAUCAAAGGCAUCUAUGCAGAGCGAAAUGCAGGACAUGAAGAAUGCUUUGGAAAAAGCCAGGAUGGACAUGCAAAACCUGGAUGAAAUUAAAACAAGAUUAGCACAGGAAAGAGAACAAUGUAGGAUCAUUGUUGAAGACACAAAUCAACAGAAGCAUGCCUUGGAGAAGAGGGCUACUGAAAUAGAAAAGCAAAAGCAAGACACUGAGACAAACAAAGCCCUUCUCGAAGAAGAAAAAGACGAUCUUGAGAAGAAAUGGGUGGACUUGCAGAGAAGAGAUGAGGAGCUACAGUUGCAAAUCACAAGUCAAAGGGAAAAAGAGGACAGUGACCGAAUGUCCAUGGAAGAACAGAGAAGAGCACUGGAAAAAGAAGUUAGUAACAUCAACCAACAAAAAGAAGAGGCAGAAAAAGAAAGGGAAGACAUACUGAAGAAUUGGAAAGAACUUGACAGUCUCAAAGAGCAAAUACUAAAAGAGAAGGACGAAAUGGAGGAAAUCAAAAACAAGAUGUUAACAGACAAACUGCUACUUGACAAAAGGGAGACAGAAAUGAAUGAACAAAAGCAAAUCAUGGACGACAAUUGGAAAAAAAUAAUGAGAAACAGAAGAGAUCUGGAUAAGAGGAAAGUAGAAUUUGAAUUGCAGAUAGAAGAAAUGGAAAACACGGUGAGAGAGAAGAUGAAGCAAGAGAGAGAGGAACUUGAUCAGCUGAUGACAGAAAUAAGCACGCAGAAGCAAGAUGUUGAAGAGCAAAAGUCUAAAAACAAGAAUUUGAAAAAUGAGCUAGAAGAAAUGAAGGUGAAACUGAAUGCGGAACAAGAAGUUAUCACUCUUGAAAAGCAAGAGAUACAGAAUGAGAGAAUAAGGUUUGACCAAUCAAAGGCAUCUAUGCAGAGCGAAAUGCAGGACAUGAAGAAUGCUUUGGAAAAAGCCAGGAUGGACAUGCAAAACCUGGAUGAAAUUAAAACAAGAUUAGCACAGGAAAGAGAACAAUGUAGGAUCAUUGUUGAAGACACAAAUCAACAGAAGCAUGCCUUGGAGAAGAGGGCUACUGAAAUAGAAAAGCAAAAGCAAGACACUGAGACAAACAAAGCCCUUCUCGAAGAAGAAAAAGACGAUCUUGAGAAGAAAUGGGUGGACUUGCAGAGAAGAGACGAGGAGCUGCAAUUGCAAAUCACAAGUCAAAGGGAAAAAGAGGACAGUGACCGAAUGGCCAUGGAAGAACAGAGAAGAGCACUGGAAAAAGAAGUUAGUAAGAUCAACCAACAAAAAGAAGAGGCAGAAAAAGAAAGGGAAGACAUACUGAAGAAUUGGAAAGAACUUGACAGUCUCAAAGAGCAAAUACUAAAAGAGAAGGACGAAAUGGAGGAAAUCAAAAACAAGAUGUUAACAGACAAACUGCUACUUGACAAAAGGGAGACAGAAAUGAAUGAACAAAAGCAAAUCAUGGACGACAAUUGGAAAGAAAUAAUGAGAAACAGAAGAGAUCUGGAUAAGAUGAAAGUAGAAUUUGAAUUGCAGACACAAGAAAUGGAAAACACGGUGAGAGAGAAGAUGAAGCAAGAGAGAGAGGAACUUGAUCAGCUGAUGACAGAAAUAAGCAUGCAGAAGCAAGAUGUUGAAGAGCAAAAGUCUAAAAACAAGAAUUUGAAAAAUGAGCUAGAAGAAAUGAAGGUGAAACUGAAUGCGGAACAAGAAGUUAUCACUCUUGAAAAGCAAGAGAUACAGAAUGAGAGAAUAAGGUUUGACCAAUCAAAGGCAUCUAUGCAGAGCGAAAUGCAGGACAUGAAGAAUGCUUUGGAAAAAGCCAGGAUGGACAUGCAAAACCUGGAUGAAAUUAAAACAAGAUUAGCACAGGAAAGAGAACAAUGUAGGAUCAUCGUUGAAGACACAAAUCAACAGAAGCAUGCCUUGGAGAAGAGGGCUACUGAAAUAGAAAAGCAAAAGCAAGACACUGAGACAAACAAAGCCCUUCUCGAAGAAGAAAAAGACGAUCUUGAGAAGAAAUGGGUGGACUUGCAGAGAAGAGACGAGGAGCUGCAAUUGCAAAUCACAAGUCAAAGGAAAAAAGAGGACAGUGACCGAAUGGCCAUGGAAGAACAGAGAAGAGCACUGGAAAAAGAAGUUAGUAAGAUCAACCAACAAAAAGAAGAGGCAGAAAAAGAAAGGGAAGACAUACUGAAGAAUUGGAAAGAACUUGACAGUCUCAAAGAGCAAAUACUAAAAGAGAAGGACGAAAUGGAGGAAAUCAAAAACAAGAUGUUAACAGACAAACUGCUACUUGACAAAAGGGAGACAGAAAUGAAUGAACAAAAGCAAAUCAUGGACGACAAUUGGAAAGAAAUAAUGAGAAAAAGAAGAGAUCUGGAUAAGAGGAAAGUAGAAUUUGAAUUGCAGAUAGAAGAAAUGGAAAACACGGUGAGAGAGAAGAUGAAGCAAGAGAGAGAGGAACUUGAUCAGCUGAUGACAGAAAUAAGCAUGCAGAAGCAAGAUGUUGAAGAGCAAAUGUCUAAAAACAAGAAUUUGAAAAAUGAGCUAGAAGAAAUGAAGGUGAAACUGAAUGCGGAACAAGAAGUUAUCACUCUUGAAAAGCAAGAGAUACAGAAUGAGAGAAUAAGGUUUGACCAAUCAAAGGCAUCUAUGCAGAGCGAAAUGCAGGACAUGAAGAAUGCUUUGGAAAAAGCCAGGAUGGACAUGCAAAACCUGGAUGAAAUUAAAAUAAGAUUAGCACAGGAAAGAGAACAAUGUAGGAUCAUUGUUGAAGACACAAAUCAACAGAAGCAUGCCUUGGAGAAGAGGGCUACUGAAAUAGAAAAGCAAAAGCAAGACACUGAGACAAACAAAGCCCUUCUCGAAGAAGAAAAAGACGAUCUUGAGAAGAAAUGGGUGGACUUGCAGAGAAGAGAUGAGGAGCUGCAAUUGCAAAUCACAAGUCAAAGGGAAAAAGAGGACAGUGACCGAAUGGCCAUGGAAGAACAGAGAAGAGCACUGGAAAAAGAAGUUAGUAAGAUCAACCAACAAAAAGAAGAGGCAGAAAAAGAAAGGGAAGACAUACUGAAGAAUUGGAAAGAACUUGACAGUCUCAAAGAGCAAAUACUAAAAGAGAAGGACGAAAUGGAGGAAAUCAAAAACAAGAUGUUAACAGACAAACUGCUACUUGACCAAAGGGAGACAGAAAUGAAUGAACAAAAGCAAAUCAUGGACGACAAUUGGAAAGAAAUAAUGAGAAACAGAAGAGAUCUGGAUAAGAUGAAAGUAGAAUUUGAAUUGCAGACACAAGAAAUGGAAAACAUGGUGAGAGAGAAGAUGAAGCAAGAGAGAGAGGAACUUGAUCAGCUGAUGACAGAAAUAAGCAUGCAGAAGCAAGAUGUUGAAGAGCAAAAGUCUAAAAACAAGAAUUUGAAAAAUGAGCUAGAAGAAAUGAAGGUGAAACUGAAUGCGGAACAAGAAGUUAUCACUCUUGAAAAGCAAGAGAUACAGAAUGAGAGAAUAAGGUUUGACCAAUCAAAGGUAUCUAUGCAGAGCGAAAUGCAGGACAUGAAGAAUGCUUUGGAAAAAGCCAGGAUGGACAUGCAAAACCUGGAUGAAAUUAAAACAAGAUUAGCACAGGAAAGAGAACAAUGUAGGAUCAUUGUUGAAGACACAAAUCAACAGAAGCAUGCCUUGGAGAAGAGGGCUACUGAAAUAGAAAAGCAAAAGCAAGACACUGAGACAAACAAAGCCCUUCUCGAAGAAGAAAAAGACGACCUUGAGAAGAAAUGGGUGGACUUGCAGAGAAGAGACGAGGAGCUGCAAUUGCAAAUCACAAGUCAAAGGGAAAAAGAGGACAGUGACCGAAUGGCCAUGGAAGAACAGAGAAGAGCACUGGAAAAAGAAGUUAGUAAGAUCAACCAACAAAAAGAAGAGGCAGAAAAAGAAAGGGAAGACAUACUGAAGAAUUGGAAAGAACUUGACAGUCUCAAAGAGCAAAUACUAAAAGAGAAGGACGAAAUGGAGGAAAUCAAAAACAAGAUGUUAACAGACAAACUGCUACUUGACCAAAGGGAGACAGAAAUGAAUGAACAAAAGCAAAUCAUGGACGACAAUUGGAAAGAAAUAAUGAGAAACAGAAGAGAUCUGGAUAAGAUGAAAGUAGAAUUUGAAUUGCAGACACAAGAAAUGGAAAACAUGGUGAGAGAGAAGAUGAAGCAAGAGAGAGAGGAACUUGAUCAGCUGAUGACAGAAAUAAGCAUGCAGAAGCAAGAUGUUGAAGAGCAAAAGUCUAAAAACAAGAAUUUGAAAAAUGAGCUAGAAGAAAUGAAGGUGAAACUGAAUGCGGAACAAGAAGUUAUCACUCUUGAAAAGCAAGAGAUACAGAAUGAGAGAAUAAGGUUUGACCAAUCAAAGGUAUCUAUGCAGAGCGAAAUGCAGGACAUGAAGAAUGCUUUGGAAAAAGCCAGGAUGGACAUGCAAAACCUGGAUGAAAUUAAAACAAGAUUAGCACAGGAAAGAGAACAAUGUAGGAUCAUUGUUGAAGACACAAAUCAACAGAAGCAUGCCUUGGAGAAGAGGGCUACUGAAAUAGAAAAGCAAAAGCAAGACACUGAGACAAACAAAGCCCUUCUCGAAGAAGAAAAAGACGAUCUUGAGAAGAAAUGGGUGGACUUGCAGAGAAGAGACGAGGAGCUGCAAUUGCAAAUCACAAGUCAAAGGGAAAAAGAGGACAGUGACCGAAUGGCCAUGGAAGAACAGAGAAGAGCACUGGAAAAAGAAGUUAGUAACAUCAACCAACAAAAAGAAGAGGCAGAAAAAGAAAGGGAAGACAUACUGAAGAAUUGGAAAGAACUUGACAGUCUCAAAGAGCAAAUACUAAAAGAGAAGGACGAAAUGGAGGAAAUCAAAAACAAGAUGUUAACAGACAAACUGCUACUUGACAAAAGGGAGACAGAAAUGAAUGAACAAAAGCAAAUCAUGGACGACAAUUGGAAAGAAAUAAUGAGAAACAGAAGAGAUCUGGAUAAGAGGAAAGUAGAAUUUGAAUUGCAGAUAGAAGAAAUGGAAAACACGGUCAGAGAGAAGAUGAAGCAAGAGAGAGAGGAACUUGAUCAGCUGAUGACAGAAAUAAGCACGCAGAAGCAAGAUGUUGAAGAGCAAAAGUCUAAAAACAACAAUUUGAAAAAUGAGCUAGAAGAAAUGAAGGUGAAACUGAAUGCGGAACAAGAAGUUAUCACUCUUGAAAAGCAAGAGAUACAGAAUGAGAGAAUAAGGUUUGACCAAUCAAAGGCAUCUAUGCAGAGCGAAAUGCAGGACAUGAAGAAUGCUUUGGAAAAAGCCAGGAUGGACAUGCAAAACCUGGAUGAAAUUAAAACAAGAUUAGCACAGGAAAGAGAACAAUGUAGGAUCAUCGUUGAAGACACAAAUCAACAGAAGCAUGCCUUGGAGAAGAGGGCUACUGAAAUAGAAAAGCAAAAGCAAGACACUGAGACAAACAAAGCCCUUCUCGAAGAAGAAAAAGACGAUCUUGAGAAGAAAUGGGUGGACUUGCAGAGAAGAGACGAGGAGCUGCAAUUGCAAAUCACAAGUCAAAGGGAAAAAGAGGACAGUGACCGAAUGGCCAUGGAAGAACAGAGAAGAGCACUGGAAAAAGAAGUUAGUAAGAUCAACCAACAAAAAGAAGAGGCAGAAAAAGAAAGGGAAGACAUACUGAAGAAUUGGAAAGAACUUGACAGUCUCAAAGAGCAAAUACUAAAAGAGAAGGACGAAAUGGAGGAAAUCAAAAACAAGAUGUUAACAGACAAACUGCUACUUGACAAAAGGGAGACAGAAAUGAAUGAACAAAAGCAAAUCAUGGAUGACAAUUGGAAAGAAAUAAUGAGAAACAGAAGAGAUCUGGAUAAGAUGAAAGUAGAAUUUGAAUUGCAGACACAAGAAAUGGAAAACACGGUGAGAGAGAAGAUGAAGCAAGAGAGAGAGGAACUUGAUCAGCUGAUUACAGAAAUAAGCACGCAGAAGCAAGAUGUUGAAGAGCAAAAGUCUAAAAACAAGAAUUUGAAAAAUGAGCUAGAAGAAAUGAAGGUGAAACUGAAUGCGGAACAAGAAGUUAUCACUCUUGAAAAGCAAGAGAUACAGAAUGAGAGAAUAAGAUUUGACCAAUCAAAGGCAUCUAUGCAGAGCGAAAUGCAGGACAUGAAGAAUGCUUUGGAAAAAGCCAGGAUGGACAUGCAAAACCUGGAUGAAAUUAAAACAAGAUUAGCACAGGAAAGAGAACAAUGUAGGAUCAUCGUUGAAGACACAAAUCAACAGAAGCAUGCCUUGGAGAAGAGGGCUACUGAAAUAGAAAAGCAAAAGCAAGACACUGAGACAAACAAAGCCCUUCUCGAAGAAGAAAAAGACGAUCUUGAGAAGAAAUGGGUGGACUUGCAGAGAAGAGACGAGGAGCUGCAAUUGCAAAUCACAAGUCAAAGGAAAAAAGAGGACAGUGACCGAAUGGCCAUGGAAGAACAGAGAAGAGCACUGGAAAAAGAAGUUAGUAACAUCAACCAACAAAAAGAAGAGGCAGAAAAAGAAAGGGAAGACAUACUGAAGAAUUGGAAAGAACUUGACAGUCUCAAAGAGCAAAUACUAAAAGAGAAGGACGAAAUGGAGGAAAUCAAAAACAAGAUGUUAACAGACAAACUGCUACUUGACAAAAGGGAGACAGAAAUGAAUGAACAAAAGCAAAUCAUGGACGACAAUUGGAAAGAAAUAAUGAGAAACAGAAGAGAUCUGGAUAAGAUGAAAGUAGAAUUUGAUUUGCAGAUAGAAGAAAUGGAAAACACGGUGAGAGAGAAGAUGAAGCAAGAGAGAGAGGAACUUGAUCAGCUGAUGACAGAAAUAAGCACGCAGAAGCAAGAUGUUGAAGAGCAAAAGUCUAAAAACAAGAAUUUGAAAAAUGAGCUAGAAGAAAUGAAGGUGAAACUGAAUGCGGAACAAGAAGUUAUCACUCUUGAAAAGCAAGAGAUACAGAAUGAGAGAAUAAGGUUUGACCAAUCAAAGGUAUCUAUGCAGAGCGAAAUGCAGGACAUGAAGAAUGCUUUGGAAAAAGCCAGGAUGGACAUGCAAAACCUGGAUGAAAUUAAAACAAGAUUAGCACAGGAAAGAGAACAAUGUAGGAUCAUUGUUGAAGACACAAAUCAACAGAAGCAUGCCUUGGAGAAGAGGGCUACUGAAAUAGAAAAGCAAAAGCAAGACACUGAGACAAACAAAGCCCUUCUCGAAGAAGAAAAAGACGACCUUGAGAAGAAAUGGGUGGACUUGCAGAGAAGAGACGAGGAGCUGCAAUUGCAAAUCACAAGUCAAAGGAAAAAAGAGGACAGUGACCGAAUGGCCAUGGAAGAACAGAGAAGAGCACUGGAAAAAGAAGUUAGUAAGAUCAACCAACAAAAAGAAGAGGCAGAAAAAGAAAGGGAAGACAUACUGAAGAAUUGGAAAGAACUUGACAGUCUCAAAGAGCAAAUACUAAAAGAGGAGGACGAAAUGGAGGAAAUCAAAAACAAGAUGUUAACAGACAAACUGCUACUUGACCAAAGGGAGACAGAAAUGAAUGAACAAAAGCAAAUCAUGGACGACAAUUGGAAAGAAAUAAUGAGAAACAGAAGAGAUCUGGAUAAGAUGAAAGUAGAAUUUGAAUUGCAGACAGAAGAAAUGGAAAACACGGUGAGAGAGAAGAUGAAGCAAGAGAGAGAGGAACUUGAUCAGCUGAUGACAGAAAUAAGCACGCAGAAGCAAGAUGUUGAAGAGCAAAAGUCUAAAAACAAGAAUUUGAAAAAUGAGCUAGAAGAAAUGAAGGUGAAACUGAAUGCGGAACAAGAAGUUAUGACUCUUGAAAAGCAAGAGAUACAGAAUGAG